AUGGAUUUUUCGAACUUUUUGAAUCCAGUGGAGGAGAGAAUACAAGAGGUGGAGGGAGGCUUAGAUGAGGACAUAAUUCUACAGGAGGUGAUGGCUCCAUAUAUACAGGUUUUUGAUGCUCAAUAUGAUGACGAUGAGGAGCCCCAUCGUCCUGUGCUGACCACACAGAACGCUAUACAAGCCCUCCAAGUUCUGAUUGAGUUCUCAGAAUCUGAGAAUAGUGGCAUCACGGAUCCAGCAUCAUUUUCGCGCUCUUUAGAGCGCGUGGAGAGGCAAUUAGUGGCCAAACAGCCAAUGACUUGGUUCAAGGCACGUUGGAUGGAUGGAUGGUUUAGCUUAGGGGCUACUUCGGGUCUACUUCAGAUCACUUUCUAA